CACACACGCACGCACUCGCACACACACACGCACACAACUCACAGUCUCGCGCGCGCAGGCACGCGCUCCCUGUCCUAUUUCUACAGGCACGGUGUCGGAACGACUUUAGUACUGAUGGACGUUAAGGCUUCAUUGCUGCAUUGGCAAAGGAUGGAGGGUUUAUUAAACGUGACUGAACUACAGCUUUGACGUUUUUUUUUUUUUUGCCUGAAACAGCACCGUUGGUUUGGUGAAGUUUGAAGUCUGCAGCCAAGCAUGUUUAACCUGAUUAAAAAAGACAGGGAGAAGGAUGGGGCACGGAAGGAGAAAAAAGACAAGAAGGACAAAAAAGAGAGAAUGUCCCAAGCUGAGCUGAAGAGCCUUGAGGAGGUAGGCGUGCGACGAGGGUUUUUCAACCUACAGCGUGGUGGAUCUAAGAGAGAAUCCAGGGCUAAGUUGGAGAUCUCUGACCCUAUUCCAAUCCAAGUUGUCAGCAACCCAGAGCUCACCUUGAUGGACCUGACUUCUGAGAGGAUCAACAACAGAAGCAGCAUCCUCCUGGAUGUGGGUCAUUUAAGCACCACUAGCUCCAGUGACGCCAUUAAAGAGGAGACUUUGCAGGAUUUUCGGAGGUCCACCUUUAGAGAGCAGGCCUCUAAAUCUGGACCUCAGACAAAGCAGGACUCUCCAGUGUUGAAGCUUAUAAAACGCUUGUCCUUCUCUCAGAAGAACAAAGAAGAGAGUCCCUCAGAAAGCUCUGUAUCAUCAGAGCCAAACUCUGCUACUCCUUCUCCACAAAUUGAGCCCAAGGUCAUCAAUCAUGUGCCCAAAUACAUCUCCCACCGUCGGGCCCCACUCAAGCAGGUCCAGAUACCCUUAUUAGUAGAUAAUGUGUUUCCAGCAGAUCUGCGCUUACCUGCUGUCAUGCCUCCUGAGGUGGCUGAACCCAGAGAGCUUGAACUCCAGCGGCGCAAAACGGGCGACUUUGGCUUCUCUCUACGGCGUAGCACUAUGCUGGACCAAAAACCAGGUGGCUCUGUCUACCGCCGUGUGGUCCACUUUGCUGAGCCUGGUGCUGGCAACAAGGACCUGGCAUUGGGCCUGGUGCCAGGAGACCGUCUGGUGGAGAUCAAUGGGAUGAACGUGGAGAAUAAAAACAGGGACGAGAUUGUGGAGAUGAUCCGCCAGUCAGGAGAGACUGUCUGUCUGAAGGUGCAGCCCAUCGUGGAGUUGAGCGAGCUUAGCCGAUGUUGGUUAAGGAACCAUGCAGGAAUGCGUAAUGAAGUCUGUGAGGUGAAGACCGAGGAGCAGAUAGCUGCAGAACGAGCCUGGUUUGGCACAGAGAAAAUAUGGCUGGUUCACAAAGAUGGCUUCUCUUUAGCGACCCAGCUGAAGUCCGAGGAGGGAAGUGUUCCAGAGGGGAAGGUGAAGAUCCGGCUAGAGCAUGAUGGGACAUUUCUGGAAGUGGAUGAGGAUGAUGUUGAGAAGGCGAACCCUCCCUCGUUGGACCGUGUGGAGGAUUUGUCUUCGCUGCUCUACCUGAACGAGUCCAGCAUCAUGCACACAUUGCGACAGCGCUACGGAGGAAACCUCAUCCACACCUACGCUGGAUCAAACAUAGUGGUCAUCAACCCUGUCAGUUUGCCGUCCAUGUACUCUGAGAAGGUGAUGCACAUGUUUAAAGGUUGCCGCAAAGAGGACACGGCCCCCCAUAUAUACGGCAUAGCACAGGCUGCGUACCGUAAACUUCUGACCACGCGCCAGGACCAGUCCAUCAUACUACUGGGGAAAAGCGGCAGUGGAAAAACCACUAACUGUCAACAUCUGGUGCAGUACCUGGUGACCAUUGCAGGCAGCAACAGCAAGGUGUACUCAGCUGAGAAGUGGCAGGCUGUCUACACCAUCCUCGAGGCGUUCGGGAACUGCAGCACGUCCAUGAACGGGAACGCCAGUCGCUUCUCCCACAUCGUCUCUCUGGACUUUGACCAGGCCGGUCAGGUGGCUUCCGCUUCAAUCCAGACCAUGUUGCUGGAGAAGUCGAGAGUGACGCGGCGACCGGACGGCGAAUCCACUUUCAACAUUUUUUAUUACAUGAUGGCAGGAGCCGACAGUUCUCUCAAAACCGAGCUGCACUUCAACCACCUUGCAGAGAACAGCGCAUUCGGGAUCCUGCCUCACUCCAAGCCUGAAGAGAAACAAAAGGCCACUCAGCAGUUUGCGAAACUGCAGGCUGCAAUGAAAGUGUUGAGCAUUUCUUCAGAGGAGCAGAGAACUUUCUGGCUGGUGUUGGGCGCCAUCUACCACCUAGGAGCAGCGGGAGCCACUAAAGAGUCAGAUGAAGCCGGCCGUAAGCAGUUUGCCAGACACGAAUGGGCUCAGAAAGCGGCAUAUCUCCUGGGCUGCACCCUGGAAGAGCUCUCAUCAUCCAUCUUCAAACCUCAGGCCAAGGGAACACUGCCACGGACCUCCAGCGUCCGCCCGGGACCCGAGGACCCCGGAGAUAGCUCAGGGUCCAAAGCCACGGCAAUGGAAUGUUUGGAGGCCAUGGCUUCCAGUUUAUACUCCGAGAUCUUCACUCUCCUGAUCUCCCUCAUCAACAGAGCUCUGAAGUCUACGCAGAAGCACUCGCUGUGUUCUUUGCUGAUUGUAGACACUCCAGGUUCCCAGAAUCCCCGGCAGGCCAAGAUGGAGAGAGGUGCUACCUUCGAGGAGCUCUGUCAUAACUACGCUCAGGAGCGACUGCAGGCCCUUUUUCACGAGCGCACGUUUGUUCAAGAGCUGGAGCGCUACAAGGAGGAAAACAUUGAGCUCACGUUAGACGACAUGGAGCCGAGUCCCUCGCUGUCUGUCGCUGCUGUAGACCAUGCGUGCAGUCAGGCCUUGGUGCGGACACCAUCGAGGACAGAUGAGGCGAGGGGGCUGCUGUGGCUGAUGGAAGAGGAGGCAGUACACCCAACUGGAUCAGAGGACACACUAAUGAAGAGACUUUUUGGCUACUACGGCCCUGCAGAAGAAGAGAGCAAAGGCCACACAAUAUUGCUGAAGAGCGAGCAACCGCAUCACUUCCUACUCGCCCACAGCCAUGGCACAGACUGGGUGGAAUACGACGUCCGUGGUUGGCUAAACCAUGCCAAGCAAAAUCCUGCCUCCCAGAAUGCAGCCAAUCUGCUUCAGAAUUCACAAAAGAAGAACAUCAGCGCCUUGUUUUUGGGGCGCUCCAGCAGCGCCACGGUGCUUUCGGGUUCCAUUGCCGGGCUGGAGGGUGGCUCUCAGCUCGCUCUGCGCCGUGCUACCAGCAUGAGGAAGACCUUCACCACCGGCGUGGCUGCUGUGAAGAAGAAAUCCCUCUGCAUCCAGAUCAAGCUCCAAGUGGAUGCGCUGAUGGACACAGUCAGGAGGUCAAGGGUUCACUUUGUGCACUGUCUGCUACCUAAGACGGAUGCUUUGAAGACUUCCAGCUCUGCGGAGCUCCAGGGUGAGAGCUGUGAUCCAGGCCUCAUGCAGCUGGAUGUGUCCUUACUAAGAGCUCAGAUCAGGGGCUCCAAGCUUCUGGCUGCUCUCCGCAUCUACAGACAAGGUUAUCCAGACCACAUGGUGUUCUCGGAGUUCCGGCGUCGCUUCGACGUCCUGGCUCCGCACCUGACCAAAAAGCUUGGCCGUAACUACAUCGUAAAGGAUGAGAAAAGGGCUGUAGAGGAGCUGCUGGAGUGUUUGGACCUGGAGAAGAGCAGCUAUCACAUGGGCCUGAGCAGGGUGUUUUUCAGAGCAGGAACUUUGGCUAAGCUAGAAGAGCAGAGAGAUGAGCAGACCAAACGCAACAUCACGUUGUUCCAGGCUGCCUGCAGGGGUUAUGUGUCUCGCCAGGCCUUCAAGAAGAGGAAGGUCCAGGACCUGGCCAUCCGCUGCAUCCAAAAGAACAUCAAGAAGAACCGGGGUGUGAAGGACUGGCAGUGGUGGAAGCUCUUCACCAACGUGCGUCCUCUCGUCGAGGUGCAGCUCAGCGAGGAACAGAUCCGUGGCAAAGAUGAGGAGAUCCAGCAACUGAAAGCAAAGCUCGAGAAGGUGGAGAAGGAGAGGAAUGAGCUCAGGCUGAACACAGAUCGGCUGGAGAGCAAGAUCACAGAGCUAUCAACUGAGCUCUCAGAUGAGAGGAACACCAGCGAGUCGGCAUCCCAGCUGCUGGAGACGGAGACGGCUGAAAGGCUGCGUCUAGAGAAGGACAUGAAGGACCUACAGACAAAGUUUGAGGAAAUGAAAAAGCAGAUGGGAAGCAUGGAGGUGGAGGUGAUGGAGGCGCGGCUCCUCAGAGCAACGGACCUUAACGGUGAAAUCGACGAUGACGAUGAAACCGGAGGUGAAUGGAAGCUGAAGUACGACCGAGCUGUCCGAGAAAUAGACUUCACCAAGAAGAAACUACAGCAGGAGUUUGAAGACAAGUUGGAGGCAGAGCAGCAGAACAAGAGGCUUUUGGAGAGAAAGUUCACUGACCUGCAGGCUGAUCAGGAGGAGACCCAGCGCUCUGUACAGCAGGCAAAGAAGAAAUGCCAGAGAUUAAUGGCUGAGCUCCAGGACACCAAACUGCACCUGGAGAACCAGCAGAGCCGCAACCACGAGCUGGAGAAGAAGCAGAGGAAGUUUGAUCUGGAGCUGAACCAGGCUCAGGAUGAAGUGCAGAGAGAGAAAACACAGCGGGAGAAACUGGGCAGAGAAAAGGAUGUGCUGACUGGAGAAGUGUUUACAAUCAGACAGCAACUGCAGGAAAAGGAGCUGGAGCUGUGUGGGCUGAAUGUAAAGCUGGAGCAGCUGGAGGCAGAGCUACAGGAUCUCUCCUCUCAAGAGUCAAAGGAUGAGGCAUCGCUAUCCAAGCUGAAAAAGCAGCUACGUGACCUUGAGGCAAAGGUCAAAGAUCAGGAGGAAGAGCUGGAUGAACAGGCUGGUACCAUCCAGAUGCUGGAGCAGGCUAAGCUACGUCUGGAGAUGGAGAUGGAGAGGCUGAGACAAAUGCAUUCAAAAGAGCUUGAAAACAAAGAUGAAGAUGUUGAAGAGAUCAGACAGUCGUGUAGUAAGAAGCUGAAACAGAUGGAAAUGCAGUUAGAGGAGGAAUAUGAUGAGAAGCAGAAGGUUCUAAGAGAGCGGAGAGAGCUGGAGAGCAAACUGCUGAAUGCUCAGGACCAGGUGAGCCUAAGAGACGUGGAGACGGAGAAGCGUCUGAAGAAGGAUCUGAAGCGCACCAAGGCCUUGCUGGUUGACGCUCAGCUCAUGCUGGAUCACCUGAAGAGCAAUGCGCCGAGCAAGAGAGAGAUCUCGCAGCUUAAGAACCAGCUGGAGGAGUCACAGUUCAACUGUGCAGCAGCUGUGAAAGCACGCAAGUCCAUGGAGUUGGAGAUCGAGGACCUGCACAUCCAGAUGGAGGACAUCUCCAAGGCCAAGAUGUCGCUGGAGGAACAGGUCAGCAGACUGCAAAGAGAAAAGAACGACCUGCAGUCACGUCUGGAGGAGGACCAGGAGGACACCAACGAGCUGAUGAAGAAGCACAAGGCAGCUGUGGCUCAGGCUACGAGGGACUUGGCUCAGAUCACCGACCUGCAGGCUCAGCUGGAGGAGGCCGCAAAGGAGAAGCAGGAGAUUCAAGAUAAGCUCCAGUCUGUACAGAGCCAGCUGGAGUUCCAGGAGCAGUCAAUGGUGGAGAAGUCUCUGGUCAGCAGGCAGGAAGCCAAGAUUCGCGAGCUGGAGACCAAGCUGGAGUACGAGCGCACCCAGAUCAAACGCCUGGAGACCCUGGUGACACGGCUGAAGGAGAACCUCGAGAAGAUGACGGAGGAGAGGGACCAGCGUGCGGCGGCUGAGAACCGUGAGAAAGAGCAGAACAAACGCAUGCAGCGGCAGAAUCGCGACCUCAAGGAGGAGAUGACCGAACUGGCCAAGAAGGAGGCUGAGGCCAGCCGUAAGAAGCAUGAACUGGAAAUGGACAUUGAAAGCCUGGAAGCAGCCAAUCAGAGCCUGCAGGCAGACCUCAAGCUGGCCUUUAAGAGGAUCGGCGACCUGCAAGCCGCAAUCGAGGACGAGAUGGAGAGCGACGACAAUGACGGCCUCAUCGAUAGUUUGCAAGACAUGGUGACAAAGUAUCAGAAAAGGAAGAACAAAACUGGAGAGGACUCGGAUGUGGACUCUGAGGUAGAGGACCGCGUGGAUGGGGUCAAGUCUUGGAUCUCAAAAAAUAAGGGCUCCACCAAGACCCUAUCAGAGGAUGUCAAUUUGAAGGCACCCAGGAGACGCCUGAGCCGGACCGAAGAAGAGAAGGAGGAGGACAAAGAGCUCCAGCAGACCCUUGUUACAGACAGAGACAGCGAAACCAGACUUUCUGAGACCACAGCGUAGCUCUGAACCAUCACCGCAUGCACUGAUCAUCCCAUGGGGGAAAUAAUCUUCACCCCUUCAGACUCUCAGUCCGUGACUUAGAUGUUUUUUACUCGUCUACUCCGCACAUAGACGGAAGAGAACGCUAGCGUACGUCAAUAAAGUUAACGAGUUAUUUUAUUUUACAGAAGUUUUAAAUUAAGAAUUUAUAAACACAAAAGGAAGACUGACGUCCACAAGCAUCGUCAUUUUCACUAUGAGCUUCUCUUCUCUUCUCUUCACCCUAAACCCUACAUCACAUCCAUCACUCUGACCUCUCUCUCAGUCAGGGUUAGUAUUAAGCUAGCAACCAGAAAACUAAAGCUCAGGCACGUAAAUGAUCAAAGUAAAAACAUCAUCAUAAUCAUUUACAUGAUUGGUUUUUAUUUUAGUGGCAAAUUCUUUGAUUUGAAAGAAAUAGGAACUGUUCUUUUGUUGAAAGUCUCAUAACGCUACUAGCGCCUCAGCUUUCUUUCUCAGCUUUAGCAAUACAACGUGUUCUACAGGAAACUCUUCCCGUCAUCAGCCUCCGAGGGGAAAAACACUUGCUAUUAUUAUUAUUAUCAUGAGGAAAGAAAUCUUUAGCUUUUUUUUUUUUUUUUUAGGAUCUUUCUUCUGAUCAUCCAGCUGCUGCCGUGUGGAGGUUGUGAAUUUUGCCUUUAAUCUUUUUCACUUAUCAAGGCUUGCUCUGAGAUCUUUAGUUCUCUCUCUCUCUCUCUCUCUCUCUCUCAUCUUGGUAAAUAUUGCUUUUCCGCUUUCUGUUUUCUUUUUGCCGGGGAUUACGAAGAUGCCUAAGGAUUCUUUGGUUAUUAUUAUGCUAUUAUUAUGCGAUGUCUACAUAUGCACUUGAAAAAAAAAUAUAUAUCGGGGCUUUUGUCAAAAUAUAGUUUUACAUGGAAUUAAUCUAACUCUUGGUCCUACUUCAUAUCUGUGAUCUGUUGCGAUAAGGAUUUGUUCUUAAUAAUAUUGUAAUUCUGCCAAAUAUUAAUUACCGACUGGUGUUGGAAAACUCUCAGAAGCGUAUAUGUGAAAAACACACUCCGGUUACAGGCACAAAUUACCGGUAAUUUUGUGUGCUCGAGCGUGAAAUGGGCAAAAAUAUAGUGUGUUGAGUGGACAAGCUGUUAGCGCGGCUUUGCUUCGUUUCCCUCGUUCAUGUUUUCUAUGCAUCAGUGCAUUUUAUUGUGAACUGACGCUUUGUGUCACACCGCUCCUGUAGUGGCUUAACGUAAUAAACCAGAAGGGAUACUGAAAAUAUUUAGUACCUCUUCCAGAAGGCUUAUCUAAUGUCAAAUGAUACUGGGAUUAGUUGUACUGUAAAUAAAUAUUUGUGAUUGUUUACA